AUGAAUUGGAUUUGGAGUCGUCCCUGUGGAACUAUAACAGGCUCAACGUCCCUGUGGAACUACAACAGGCUCAACGUCCCUGUGGAACUACAACAGGCUCAACGUCCCUGUGGAACUACAACAGGCUCAACGUCCCUGUGGAACUACAACAGGCCCAACGUCCCUGUGGAACUACAACAGGCUCAACGUCCCUGUGGAACUACAACAGGCUCAACGUCCCUGUGGAACUACAACAGGCUCAACGUCCCUGUGGAACUACAACAGGCUCAACGUCCCUGUGGAAUUACAACAGGCUCAACGUCCCUGUGGAACUACAACAGGCUCAACGUCCCUGUGGAACUACAACAGGCUCAACGUCCCUGUGGAACUACAACAGGCUCAACGUCCCUGUGGAAUUACAACAGGCUCAACGUCCCUGUGGAACUACAACAGGCUCAACGUCCCUGUGGAACUACAACAGGCCCAACGUCCCUGUGGAACUACAACAGGCUCAACGUCCCUGUGGAACUACAACAGGCUCAACGUCCCUGUGGAACUACAACAGGCUCAACGUCCCUGUGGAACUACAACAGGCUCAACGUCCCUGUGGAACUACAACAGGCUCAACGUCCCUGUGGAACUACAACAGGCUCAAUGUCCCUGUGGAACUACAACAGGCUCAACGUCCCUGUGGAACUACAACAGACUCAACGUCCCUGUGGAACUACAACAGGCUCUACGUCCCUGUGGAACUACAACAGGCUCUACGUCCCUGUGGAACUACAACAGCCUCAACGUCCCUGUGGAACUAUAACAGGCUCAACGUCCCUUGGUGUCUAG